AUGAAACUUUGUAUAUGUAUAUGCUUUAUUGAAUUGUUAGAAGCACCAUCUACUGAAAUUGGUGUGAAUAUGAUUCAAAUUCUAGUAGCAGAUACAAAAAGGGAUCAAAUUACAACUGCUGUGAGUAUAGAUCAAGCUACAACCAAUAUGAGCAUAGAUCAAGCUACAACCGAUAUGAGCAUAGAUUAA